GCUUCCUUUCAGCUCACCAAAUUUAAACCUCUUUGUUAAACACUCAUGCACGCCAAGAAACACCAAAGUUCCACACCCCUUAUAUCACAUGAAACCUCACACCACCACCACCACCACCACUAUCACCACCACCACUUCUUCUCUUCUUGUGUUGCUAUUGUUUCUCCUCAAAACAUGAUAAACCCAACCAACCAAACUACUAUUUCUUCUGGAAACAUUUCCGGAGAAGGUUUUUUCCGGCAAGUUUUUUCCUUGCCGGAAAUUCAAGCGAUAGAAAUCUUUGUCUCUAUCGCUGUUUUCGUUGCCAUACACUCAAUUAGGCAACGAAAACACCAUGGCCUACCCAUUUGGCCCGUCGUCGGUAUGUUACCUUCCUUGUUCUUAGCUGUUCGCGGUGACAUGUAUGAAUGGAUCUCCGGCGUACUCUGCCGUACAAACGGCACGUUUAAGUUCAAGGGUCCUUGGUUUACCACCCUCCACUGUGUAGUCACUGGCGACCCACGUAACUUGGAGCAUCUUCUCAAGAGCAACUUCUCCAAAUUCCCUAAAGGUCCCUAUUUCCGUGAUGCCAUGCAAGAUUUCCUCGGUGACGGAAUCUUUAAUACCGAUGACGAGGUUUGGCGGCGACAACGGAAAACGGCGAGUAUCGAGUUCCACUCGUCCGAGUUUCGUAAAUUGACAACCGAGUCGCUAUUUCAACUCGUCCAUUCUCGCCUCUUGCCUGUUCUUGAGGACUCCAUCAAACAGUCCAUCCCUAUUGACCUGCAAGAUGUUCUCUUGAGGCUCACGUUCGAUAAUAUCUGUAUGAUAGCCUUUGGUGUAGACCCUGGUUGCCUCCGGCCAGGCUUGCCGGAGAUUCCAUUUGCUCAAGCUUUUGAGGAUGCAACAGAGAUGACUACCCAACGUUUUGUGACUCCAAUGACUAUAUGGAAAGCCAUGAGGUUUUUCAAUUUGGGAACAGAGAAGAAGCUAAAAAAAUCAAUAAGGGAAGUAGAUGAAUUUGCCGAUGGAGUGAUUCAUGCAAGAAAGAAGGAGCUUUCUUUGUAUUCCGGCGAAAAUAAGCGGCGGGCCGACCUUCUAACGAUCUUUAUUGGGUCGAAAGAUGAUGAAGGGAAGCCGUAUUCAGACAAAUUCUUGCGUGAUAUAUGUGUAAAUUUCAUUCUAGCCGGCCGGGAUACGUCGUCUGUUGCAUUGAGCUGGUUUUUCUGGUUGAUUGGGAAGAAUCCGGUGGUUGAGGAGCGAAUUCUUGAUGAAAUUUGCCGGAUAGUUGGGGAGAGAGGGGAUUCUAAUGAAGUUGGAGGUAGGGAGUCUCUUGUGUUCAGGCCGGAGGAAGUGAAGAAGAUGGAGUACUUGCAAGCAGCUUUAUCAGAGGCCCUUAGGUUGUACCCUUCUGUGCCGGUAGAUCACAAGGAGGUUAUCGAAGACGAAGUGUUCCCCGACGGAACCGUGCUAAAGAAAGGAGAGAAGGUGAUCUAUGCAAUUUAUGCAAUGGGAAGAAUGGAGAGCAUAUGGGGAAAAGAUUGCAGAGAUUUUAAGCCAGAAAGAUGGCUAAAAGACGGGCGAUUUAUGAGUGAAUCAGCAUACAAAUUCACUGCCUUCAACGGCGGGCCGAGACUGUGCUUAGGGAAGGAUUUUGCUUAUUACCAGAUGAAAUUUGUUGCUGCAUCAAUCUUCUACCGUUAUCAGGUUAAGGUGGUAGAGAAUUACCCAGUGGUGCCAAAGUUGGCACUAACCAUGUAUAUGAAAUAUGGGUUGAACGUGAAUCUAAGUAGGCGUCCUGAAACUGAGCUUGGGAAGUACUCAAAAAGUCCAUUCUUAGGUGUGUGAGAAAGAAUAAAUAGUAUCGAUGAUUUAGCUUAUAGAUAUAGUUUUCUUUUUCUCUCCCACCCGCCCCCUUCCCCCCUCCCCUCCCCCCUUUCCCCUUUUUUUUAUUGUAGUAUUCUGAUUGGGUGUGAUACUAAAAUAUGGCUUUGUAUAAAGGAUUAAUUAAGAAUGAUUGAGGGAUUGGUAUUUGGUUGUGUUAGGCUGUUGCAAGAAAUAAAAUGUAAUUUGUUGGGUGAA